CUGACAGGAUGCACCAAUAGGAUGCCAUCUGUUUGACCUUUGAGUUUCAUUGCUAGUCGUCGGGUCUAAUUUGAAUUUCUGCUAUCAUUAGAGUGUCUUCAGUCCUUCAGCCCACUGAAAUGAAAACGCUGCUUGGUGAAUCGAGCGCCUCAAAAGAUAAUUUUUACGAGUUACUUGGUGUUAACAAAGAUUCAUCGGAAGACCAGAUUCUCUCUGAAUUUCGUACGAAAGCUCGAGAGCUUCAUCCGGAUAAAAAUCCAGAACCAGAUUCAGCUUCGUUUUUUCAAAAAAUUCAGAAAGCUAGAGAAGUUUUGACUAACCGAAACCUUCGCCACCUCUAUGAUGUCUGGUUGUCAAGUGACUUACCUGUUUCCUUCGAACAAUAUCUUGGUUCACAUCAGAACUUCGAAGAAGUAUUUCUAAUCCAUUUUCUUAAUAUAUAGUGUAUGCACUGGUAUUUGAAUUCUGACCAAGGCCCUCGAAUGUUGGAUAGUGCUUCAGAAUCUGAUGGUCGCUUCACGGAGAAAA